AUGUUCACCACGCAUAGCUCGGGAGCCCCCCAACUAACCAUCCACCACCAGUACCAUGCAACGUACGACGUACCGGAUCCCAAGCCACCCAUUGACGAGAAAGCCUUUUUGGAACGGCUUAAGGAGGACAUCAGAGAAAAGUACGGGAGGAUCACUCGGCCGAUGGAUGCGUACGGCAUGCCGCACAAUCUGCACCUUUACCUGGAUACCGACAACGCCCCCGCAUCGGCCGUGUGUAACAUCAUGUUCAAGGUUGCCGACGAGGUGGAUGCCGUGGUGCUCGUACUGGCCGCUCAUGGCAAGGUGAUAUCCCGCAACCCCCAAGUGCCGCUAGUGGGAUGGGGUCUUCAGAAUCGGAGGAGGGAGAUUUGUGUGUCUGUAUGUAUGUAUGUUGGGGUUUGCCGUGGGGGGUUAAAUACGGAGAUUACCCGGGGGGUUCAGGGGGCCUCUAGCUAG